GCCUAGCUCGGUGAACACAGUAGUGUUGGUUGCGUGCCCUUGGCGUGUUAUCGUUGUCUGUCUUUGUAACUAUGCCUUCUGAUAAAGAACAUAUUAACAUAGUGGUUAUUGGGCAUGUAGAUAGUGGGAAAUCCACUACUACCGGACAUCUCAUUUUCAAAUGCGGUGGCAUUGACAAACGUGCUAUUGAAAAGUAUGAAAAGGAGUCUGGAGAGGUAAGUGUAUUGUAUCCUAGUUAAACUUCUUUAGAUGGGUAAAGGUUCUUUCAAAUAUGCUUGGGUAUUGGAUAAACUGAAGGCUGAACGCGAACGUGGUAUCACGAUCGAUAUUGCGCUGUGGAAGUUCGAUACCCAAAAUUACAAAGUCACAGUUAUUGAUGCACCCGGACAUCGUGACUUUAUCAAGAAUAUGAUCACAGGAACAAGUCAAGCUGACUGUGCCAUGUUGAUUGUCGCUGCUGGUGUUGGUGAGUUUGAAGCUGGUAUUUCCAAAAACGGUCAGACAAGAGAACAUGCAUUGCUGGCAUACACAUUGGGUGUCAAACAGUUGAUCAUCGCCAUCAACAAAAUGGACUGCACAGAACCUCCUUUUUCUGAAGAUCGCUACAAAGAAAUUGUCAAAGAAGUUUCCGGCUACAUCAAAAAAGUUGGUUACAAUCCCGCCACAGUCCCAUUUGUACCGAUCUCUGGCUGGCACGGUGAUAAUAUGAUAGAAAAGAGUACUAACAUGCCGUGGUUUAAAGGUUGGGAGAUAACAAGAACAAAGGAUGGAAAGACUGUUACUGAUACAGGCUUCACAUUGCUAGAAGCAUUAGAUAAAAUGGAACCCCCAGCAAGAAUGACUGAUAAACCACUCAGAAUUCCCUUGCAAGAUGUUUACAAGAUUGGUGGUAUUGGUACGGUCCCCGUUGGUCGCGUUGAAACUGGCAUCAUCAAACCUGGUAUGGUCGUCACUUUUGCUCCACAAGGUUUGUCGACUGAAGUCAAGUCUGUCGAAAUGCACCAUGAAGCUCUUACUGAGGCUCUCCCUGGUAGCAACGUUGGAUUCAAUGUUAAGAACGUCGCAGUCAGUGAAAUCCACCGUGGUAACGUUGCAGGGGAUUCUAAAAACGACCCUCCUAAAGAAGCUGAAAGCUUCAUGGCACAAGUAAUUGUCAUGAACCAUCCAGGUGAGAUCAAGAAUGGCUAUUCUCCAGUCCUUGAUUGUCACACUGCACACAUUGCUUGCAAAUUUAGUGAAAUAACGGAAAAGCUUGAUCGACGUUCGGGGAAGAAGACUGAAGACAAUCCAAAAUGCAUUAAAAAUGGUGAUGCAGCUAACAUAUUGCUCGUGCCAAAUAAGCCCUUAUGUUUAGAGACAUUCCAGCAGUACCCACCACUCGGUCGCUUUGCCGUUCGAGAUAUGAAGCAAACGGUGGCUGUGGGUGUCGUAAAAUCUGUCACCAAGAAAGAAAGUGCUGCUAAAGUUACCAAGUCCGCCGCAAAGGUUGCAAAGAAAAAGUAAUUUAAAAGUAUUCAGUUAACCAAUUAAAAUUUUUGGAUU